AGAGUUGACUCCAGUUCAAUGGAUGUGAGGGCCUAAAUUGGUUCAAUGAAAUAAAUUACCGAAUCUCGGCUUUCAUUAAAUUGUCACUGUAUUUGUUGUGUAUGUUUAUUGGAUGAGUUGAGAUAAGCAUUCAGUCGAAACAAGAGGCUUCCUCUCUUCACUUCGCAAGUAUCAGUAUCACUAUCAUAAUUUCCUUUGACUCUUGAAGAUGAGCCAAACACAAACGGCAGGGAUCACAGUGCAGUCGUGGGGGGCGAUAGAUGGGGAAGAAAUCAAAAUGUUCACUCUGAGGAACAAAAAUAAUCAAGAAGUGGAUAUUUUAAAUUAUGGUGCUACCAUCAGAGCUAUUCGCACACCCGAUAAAAAUGGAAAAGUCGAGGAUGUUGUUCUAGGGUUCGAUAAUAUCGAAGGCUAUCUAAAAUCGGAUAAUCCGUAUUUUGGAGCGACUGUCGGGAGAGUUGCAAAUCGAAUUGGCAAUGGGAAAUUCAUCCUGGAUGGAGUCGAGGUAAAUGUCUCCAAGAACAAGGCACCCAACACUCUUCAUGGAGGUUUCAAAGGUUGGAAUGCCAAAAUUUGGGAAUCAGAGAUUCGAAACAACUCAUUGGUGAUGACAUUAUUGAGUGAAAAUGGUGAGGAGGGAUUUCCAGGGGCUGCAAUUGCGACAGCGAUCUUCAAACUCCAUGACGAUGGGACUCUGUCCAUCGUCAUGAAGACUUGUGCUACCAAAGCCACUCCAAUCAAUCUCACUAAUCACAGCUACUUCAAUCUAGCUGGACACGCAACGAAUGCAUCUCAACUCUACAAGCACUCGAUGAUGCUGAAUGCAGAUCGUUGGACAGUGACAGAUGCAGAUAGCAUUCCAACUGGUGAAAUUAGAUCUGUCGCAAAUAGCGUAAUGGAUCUGAGAACACCGAAGAUCCUAGGUGACGUAAUUCCCAAGGUGCCUGGUGGAGGAUACGAUUACAAUUUCUGCAUAAUCGAUGGUGAGAAUAAUGCAAACAGGAAACUAGUGGCAAAAGUCGUACAUCCUGAGUCAGGCAGAACCCUUGAGGUCCAUACCAAUCAACCUGGAGUGCAACUCUACACCGCAAAUUUUAUACCAGACACAACGACUCCUGGAAUCCUCGGAAAAGAAGGGAAAAGUUAUUUCAAACAUGGAGCUUUCUGUCUUGAGACACAGAAUUAUCCAGACGCUGUCAACCACGAGAACUUUCCUGAUAGCAUUCUGAGACCUGGAGAUGUGUAUCAUCACACCGUUGAUUAUAAAUUCGGAGUUAGCGCUUAAUGACUGCAUUAAUGAUUCAUUAUCGAAUUAAUCACUCAGUGCAAUCAAAUAAUAUUUAUCUAAAUGAUUGCAAUAUUUUUUAUUAUCUUAAUGGGUUGUAUCGAGAAUAAAAAUUUGAUCGUGACAAUAAUUGUGUCGAUGAAUGAUUGAAGAGCAGAAUUGACAUAUUCUGUACCUCUCAUGAUUUUUUAAUGUGUAUUGAGGAAAAAUAAAGGAAUCCCAUGUUUUUUAAUUGAAAAAUA